AAGUAGAAAAUCAACAUUUCCCAGAAAGCUGGAAAUUCGUCGAGGAAUUUCUAUAAACUAGAAAAUCCCCGGCGAUUUUUCGGUUGAUUUUCUAUAAACUAGAAAUUAAUUCAAGAUUACAGUGUAGCAGAGUUAAAUCGCCAAGCCUUCUAAGAAAAUCAAAAUGCUCGUUUUCAUGUAUAUACCGCAACAUUUUCUGUGACUCACGAAGCUAAGCGAAGACUGUACAUUUUUCCGACACAAGGAUCACACUGAGAUACUACAAAAAGGAUUUUUUUGUCCAUUGGUAUAGCACGAUAUUGUAUAAAAGGCGCAAAACUUUUGAAAGCAACUAUAUCACAAUAGUGAACCUAUCGAGCGUGAUUAUUCUGAAUAUUUCCAUAAUGUGAUAGUGUCAUUCGGUUUCGUGGACAUUACUCAACUGUUUACUUGUUCUGUAAUCAAUCAUUUCUAAGUCCGUUGAUAUUGGACGAUAGAUCAACUUAAAUGAGUGAAAUGCUUAAUUCUAUCAGGUAAUUACACUAACACAUCUGCAAAUGUUUUUGCCAUCAAAUUCUUUCUUAUGAGACAAUUGUAGUGAAAUAAAUGCACUCUCAUCAGCAAUUGUGUUUAUUAAUUUGAUUUAAGCUUUAUUUAUUUAUAUCCCGGGAAAAAAGCAAAACAAAAUACAGAAGUAGAUUAAUAUCAAACUGCCAUGAUGGGGUGAACCAUUACCUUAAGCUUUUUGUCUCCUCUUAUCUUUCGAUACGAGUUUGAAGCUAAUCGAUCACCAUAUACAAACAAAUAUGUAGACCCAUUCAUUUGUGGUCUAAUGUAAAUAAGGGCGAAAUAUGAUGAUCAUGCAAAACUCAAGCAGUACAUCAACGAGCAGAGAAGUUUCUCACAAGAUUUAAAAAUAAAUUGUCAAUCCGAUAUUCGGAGAUAUUGAGCGACUGUGUUCAACAUAACGCGUACUAUAUGUGUGCUUUUCUAUGAAAUGUACACAUACAGUAUAUUUAUAGCACAUUUACCACCAAGAAGAUCACCUAAAUAUGUUGAGAGGCAGAGAAAUAACUAUUAACGAUUUAAUCAAUUAGGAGCGCGCUUGCCUUUAUUUGUAAAGCAAAAAAGUAAUUAAAGACUGUGAAUGUGAUUUUUCAGAUUCAUAUCAACAACUUUGAAGUUCCGCGUGAUUGAAAUCGAGUGGAAAUUUAAUUAAACUAUAUAAGUAGAAAGACGACGAGAAGUCUCUGAUUUUUUUGAUAACUAAUCAAUUUUAGGUAUUUAUACAAUGUAUUUUCUACUGAAGCAGUUCUCAGAAGAGAAUCUGUCUUACUAAGACAGACUUGUAACCAAUCACAUUUUUUUACCAGUUAGGAAAGCUGAUACAAUGUGAAUUUUGUGUGAUUAGUCAUGUUUAUCGAGUUAUUUGAUAACAACGCUUUUUGAAAACUACUAUGCUGUAUUUUUGUUUUAUUUUGCGGCUACAUGUUUUUUAACAACAAGAAAAACAUCACAACAAAAACAAAUUUUUUAAUAAAACAAUGGAUGUUGAGAUUGGUUUAAUUUGUUUUUAUUGCUGUUGUAACAAAUGAUGUCAUUUGGUAGAAUGAUCGUUUUUAUCAGUUGUUGUUAAUCUAAUUUUUUAAAACCAAUGUCGCUAGAGUAUUCGCGAAAACAUUGACGGCAGAUGUUAAGUCCAUAUUUUCUAAUUAUUCCAUGACCAUUGGAACACACACGACAUUUUCGACUACCCGGUCCAUAUUUUCGAGGAUGGCUACGAAAUAUUGAUGAAUGACCCAUAUCGAGUUUUAAUUCUUUUUUAUUAUUGCUAAAUUAUUUCUCAAAUGAGAAUCUGCACACGAUCUGAAAAAAGAAAUCCAUCAAGAGCAGCAGUUUCAAUUCAUAAACUGAGCCAAAUAUAUCCACGUGGAAUUUGACUUAGGUUUUUUCAUUAGUUUGAAUCUCAGUUAGAUUUCCCCCAAUAGAAGUUGUUUUUUAUUGACUAGGCGAAGCAUCGUUGAAAAUAGUGUUCCUAACAUCGUCCUGAAGUUAUGUUCAAUAGUCAUCAGUCAAUUGAUAAAGAACUUUUUUAAUAAACUUUUUGAUGGAUAUAACGUGACACUAAAAUUGAAAAGUUACAUUUAAUUUACUAUUGCAAAAGGGUAGAAAAACCUAUACUUUUGUACACACUGUAAGUGUUUCUCGCACUCACUGAGGACAUUCUACAGUCACUUGGUUGACACUUACACAUUUUCGCACUUCAGGACAUGCACCUAAAGUGGAAUUAAUCACUCACUGAAAUAAAGUAAUCAUUGAUAAUCAGCUCAAGUUCGAUACUUUGAAUGCAGAAGUCUUUUUGUUUAAGAACUGCCAUUGCGUAAAACAAAAAGGUUUUCAAAAGCUUUCAACAGUGAAAAGAAUUAGACUAAAUAUUCUCUUUCUGUCUCGAAAAGAACGUCUCUGCGGUUACUCUAGUAUGGGAUCAGUAACCAAAUGCGCUGGAGAUGAAUGUGAACACGUCUGCGAAUCAUUUUUUUGUCAUUCUUUAGUUUUUCAUCACAUGAAAGAGAAUAUACAGAGCAAUCUAUCCUAGUUUAUUACAAAUACUCAGUGCAGUCAUAGAGUAUGUUUUAAUUCUUUCAAGGCUUGUUUGUGCCUUUCAUCUGAUAAAAAAAUAACGAACAACAAAAAAUUGACCGUCAGAACUUUUUGCACUCAGUCCCGGCGACCAGUGUUUCUAACAGAAUUUAUCCGCUGUUUUUUUCGCAAAGCGUACACGUUUCAAAUCUAAAAAGGAGUAUCAAUUAGGCAUCAGGAAUUAGAGGAGAAAAAUAGAAACUUUCUUUAUACAGUUUUUUCCCAGCAAGCAACUUUGCAGACACCAACAAUUAAAAAUAGAGAGAAACAUCACCGAUCUUGUAUAACAAGAAAAAAGUAUCUUUCCUAUCAGACUACUCACUUAAACACAGUUAAAAAAGUUUUUCUUAUUUUCUCUUAAAUACAAAAAAAGUUCUAUUAGAAAACAAAGCGUAAACAGCGAUAGCAAAGCGUAUACUGCACCCUCUGCUUUUCUGAACAAAGCGUAAAACAGAGCGUAUUUUCAAACUUUGAAGCGUAUGUACGCUUUGGUACAGUGAGUGCGCUUUACUAUUAGAAACACUGAUUGUGACGUUCUGUACUAACAUAUCUUAAUCUUUGUCAUGUAGUCUAAGAUUAAGAUAAUCUUUCAAGAAUUUCCGCGUACCCAUUUAGUGGAAGAUAAACGAUUGUAACACAAUCUCAUAAUUAUUCUUGCUUUUCUUGCAUAAUACAGUCGAUUAUAUAUCUAAGAAGUGAAAGCCAUUACUGAAUCUGCAAGCAUAUCAAGUGUAAAUUUGCCCAGUGCACAAGUAAAUGGAAAAACGUCAGAUUAUAAAAUUAGUAAUGAAAAUCUUUGAAGUAGAAAAAUUGCAAAGGGUGUGUACAAGUAAUAUAAGUUGCUUAAUUAACAAUUUUUAUCUAACAAAGGUUUGUAUGCAAUAUCAAUGUCAUUCAGAGAUUUCAUUGGUCUAUAGUUUUUCAAGUCAUUUCAUUUCAUUCAUUGUUAGUUUUGUUUGAUCCUUUCUUUACAGUUAAGAUGGGAAGAGAUCGGAGAUAAUCAAGUACGAAUUUUAAAAAAUCUGUUUGAGAUUCGAUUUCUCGCAGGAAAAAUGUAGCCUGAAAAGCAAAGAAGAAAUCUUUGUGCAUUGUCUCUGUCCAAAAUUUCGAAAGAAGAGAGGAGAUAAAUGUGACAGCUUAGAAAAACCUUGGCGAAACAGAAGGAAACAGAGUGUACACGUACACUAUACUCAAAAAAAGAAAGUAUACACGUUCAGGUUACGGCAAAACCUUAAUAGAAACUAGAUGCUUGUUUAAUCCUGAUACGAGAAGUCAGACUGUUGUGAUAAGGGAAACUAAGAGUCGAAUAAAAAAGAUUAAUUGAGUUUUUUGUUUGUUGUUUCAUUAGGUUCUCAGAGUCGAGCGCCGAAUUUGGUCGAAAGAACAGCCACGGAGCCAACACAAGGCAAAAGCAGCAAAAUGCUGCAACAUAUCAAUUAUCGUAUGCGUUGUACAUUACAAGAUGGACGACAAUUAGUUGGAACAUUUAAAGCAUUCGAUAAACAUAUGAAUUUAAUACUGGCUGAUUGUGAAGAAUUUAGAAAAGUCCGAAGUAAAGCUGAUAAAACUGAAAAAGAAGAACAACGCCCAUUAGGAUUAAUUUUAUUACGUGGAGAGCAUCUAGUAUCAAUGACUAUCGAAGGUCCUCCUCCAAAAGAAGAAGUUGGCAUUGCACGUGUUCCUACAGCUGGGGUGACACUUGGAGCUGGACGUGCUGCAGGCCGCGGUGUAAUUCCUCCAACUCAUGCUGGUCCAGCACCCGGUUUACAAGGACCCGUUCGCGGUGUUGGUGGACCUGGAUAUCAACAAAUGACACCCGGUGGUCGAGGAAUGCCCGGAAUGGGAGCGCGUGUACCAAUGCCGCCAAAUAUGCCUCCAAUCAGCUUUUCAAGAGAUUAA